CUGCUAAACGACAGAAAAAAGAUUUUCGCAAUAAGCGCUUUGCAAAAGGCGCUUGAAGAAAAUAGAACCCUCAGCCUACAAGAACUGGAAGACCUGUUUAACGCUUUUGGUGAACUGGUGCAUAUUCCGGAAAAGGAACUUCUGACGUUCAUUCGCAAUAUGUCCAUGUGCGGUGUGAUACAUCAAAACGAAGUUCAGCAGCUGUUGCACAAACUGACUCAGAUUUUGGAAGACGAACAAUUAAGUCCAAGCAUGGUUUCAGCCGCCAUCGGGGCAGAUCUAAUUAUGAGGGAGAAUGGCCGCAUUGCCACGAAACGGGCAGUCAUUCAUGACAUUGUGCAGAAGAUUGUAGCGCCUCUUUCGGCGGAAAGGAUGCGCGUUGCACCCACUUCUGAAAGACCAGCGGUUGAUUACUGCACCGUAAAGUUUCUUGGCGAACUGUAUGAUAUUCUGUACGACAUCAGAAACGUUCUGAAACCAGACGACCGGCUGAUUGUUACGGUACUUCGGGAUGUGAACCGCAUUUUCCUUAAUCCUGACUACGCUGAGGUCUUAGUCUCUGACGACAUCACUCAAUUUCCGCAGCUGCAAUUCGUCGAGGCCUACGCUCAAGAACUGCAGCAAACCUUGGCCAUGCUUCUACGCAACACUGUUGCUCUUCAAAAGACAGGAAAAUUUGCCUCCGUUAAUCAACUGACCACAGCACUGCAGCAACGUUUUCUGAUUCCGCUGAUGCAACUCCUGAACAUUUUCAAUACGAUGGGUAGGGGCGUAGCUGUUCCUGAACAGGAGGUCGCUCCGAUUAUGCAGAAGCUUCAAGACAAUGGCAUCGUUUGCGAAAACGAAAUUACGGAUGUGAUGAAUGCGAUAGAGGCGUCGCUGACAGACACGGAAGCGUUCUCUGCAGCAGUUGUUACUCGUGCGAUGAGCCCUCAACUGGCUGUGAAAGAGGAUGGCGGAAUCGGCUCCAACAGAGCUAUUAUCCGUCAGAUAUAUAGUCUGGAUCUCAUGGAUUCCGAAGGAUUUGAUGAGGAAAGAACCGCUACCGGUGCCAGACCAAAAUUUAUCUACAACUAUGCCUCUUUGAGACUGAUGGCAGAACUGUACAAGUGCUUGUUUCAAAUGUCCGGCAGCCUUAGAGAAAUGGACCGAGCAGCGGUAACCGUGCUCAAUAGCAUCGGCCAGCUAUUUAUUAAGCCCGAUCUCAAAGAUACCCUGAACUUUAACGGUACGGCUGAACUUGUUCCGUCUCACGCUACUCAGUACGAACUCUUCAACUUUCGUCGAAUUGUAGAACAAUUACAGAGAGAUCCUCAGGUAAGCGUAUAAUG